GUUUCCACCUUCGCCGCACACUUUUUCACUUUCGUUCAAGUAUGAUUCAGUGUUUAUCAAUCGUGUUGUAUGCCUUUCGUAACAAUAAUUGGCUCUUGAAAUUUUAGUGAAACUUUUGUUCGGGAGGUCGACAUGUGUUUUUUAGUUGAACAUUUUUUCUAAACCGAAGAGAUGAAUUCUGCUAUGUCCAAGUUACUUUUAAUAUAUUGUAUCAUCUUUGCACUUGCUAUUAUUGAUGUCAAAGGAUUGAAAAAUGUUAAAUUGGAGGUGACUCCAGAGGUAGUAGAGCAAGGCCAAGAGGCCAUUCUCAGGUGCUCGUACGAGCUCGAAGAUGAACCUCUUUACUCACUGAAAUUCUACCGGGGCGAACACGAGUUCUACAGGUAUUCGCCCAACGAAAGGCCCCAAACGAAGAUUUUCAAUUUCACUUGGAUCGAAGUCGACGCGAGUCGUUCGAGCGAGAGCCAAGUGACCAUCCGCAAAGUAGACUUCAUAUUAAAAGGAAACUUCAGCUGCGAGGUGACGACGAACCCGAGCUACACCACCAUGACCAGCACCAAAAGCCUCACCGUCGUUUCUGUUCCCAGGGGCAAGCCCGUUAUCGCGUCCGAGCGAAAACGUUACGAGCCUGGAGAGACUCUGCGAGCUAAUUGCAGCAUUCCACUUUCGAGACCAGCGGCUCGAAUUUUUUUCACCCUCAACGACGACGCGAUAAACAAUAUAUACGUGCAAACUCUCAAGAGCAAUCAGCAAAAGUUACAAUCCUCGAGGUCAUCAACGGAUCUCAACAGCAUUAAGCUAACGAAGUCGUUGAUGAACGAUGGCCAGCAGCAGCAGCAGUAUCGACAGACAUCGUCAGAAGAUCUUUUGCAAGGAAUCGAGCUGAGCAUGCCACUGCAAACGUUUCAUUAUCGCAGCGGCCAACUGAAUUUGCGCUGUAGAGCAAAAAUUGCUGAUAUUUACGAUGAGUGGAGCGAGCUUCAGCUUGGUACUAGGUUACGCGAACCAGUCCCUGAACGAGUGCGAUCGUCGCGUGCAAGCAGUCAAUACCACAAUGCCAUCUGCUCAAUUUUACUGGGAUUAAGUAUACUUUUAUUCUACUCAAGAUAGUCGAAUAAUACGCAAUGAUUUUUCAAGAUAUUUUAUCUUCGAUCGCAAUUAAAGAAUUAACUUAUGCAUUCACAGUGAAAAAAAAGAGGAAUUAAAAAUAAUGAGUGAGUCAUAUAGUUACAAAACGUUCCCAAUCCAGAAUCUGAAUAAUUAUACGAAUCGUAGAGAAAUUAUUCAAAAGACAUAAGAUUGUUUUAUAAGUUUGUUAUUUUUUUUUGUAAUUCAUGGUACUUUUGAAAUGGCAGAAACGAUUAAUAAGAGAUUUUUGACCUGCAAAAGGUUACGUUUUUACUGACACUUGUACAUAUUGUCGAAUAUUUUUAGUUAUAAAUUUUCUACCUUACAUAAUUUUGAUAUUACUUUUUAAAUUACAGAUUAUUAAAAGAAAUGAAGUUGAAAAUUGAUGUGUAAAUAAUAAUCUUAUCACUCAUUAGAAAAGAGUGCUUGAAUAUGCAAGCGAAUUGUAUACAAGUUGUUAUGUAAAUAUUUAUAUUUUUCAAUGCUUCAUUUCCAUUCCAGUUUCAAUAAAUUGUUUUCUGUUACUGUAGUGGCAAAUGAGAUGAUAUAAUAUGUAAAGUUAUAAAUAGCACGUUAUAAAAAUGUACGUUAAAACUUAUGUUAGUGAUCUAAUUCAUAUUUAUAAUAAAGUUAACAUUUUGUGCUCGAAAGCCUAA